AUCACUACAGCUGGAUUCUUAUAGACAUAUCUUUAGAGCAGCAAUUCCAUGCACAUCCAUAUUAAGAGCAAUCCGAGAGUCAUCCAUUUGAUGAUUUACUAGCUAGUAGCAAUUGCUGGAAACCAUUUCAGUAUUGUGAUGUAUAUUGAAUAGUUACAUCCAAAAUGCUAGGAUCUACAUAAUUCAAUAUAGUGAUGGUAUGAAAACCACCUUCAAAGCUCAUUUGUACAGAAACCACCUUUAAAGAGGGUUCCGAUUGCAAUCUACCACCUUGAUCUAUUUUCUAGCAAAGUUUUUACUGUUUACAUUCUUUUGCAUUUUGACCAUUCUAAUUGUUUGAUAAUAAACAGUGAGAAGAUGUACCGUAACAAAGCGCCUAUCGUUCAGAGUUCUACUUCUGGUAAUGCACCAAGUAAUCAAUCACAUGCAGAAUUAUUGAAAAAGAAACGUUCUCAUGCAGCAACUAGUUAUCUGCCAUACAUGAAUUCUGCAGGGAAUGGAUCCGGUUCUAAUCCGAGUACAAAACGUACUCGUCUGCAAACUUCCAAUCAAGAAUGCCAAAAUUCUGUAGCAGAUGGACUGAAUUCUAGUAGUACUGUUGUCACCACAGAACGAACUACUACUGGGAUUAGAGUUAGUGCACGUCUUCAGCAACAAAGUGUUAAUGAUCAGCCAGUGGUAAACACCAUAGUUGAAGAGCGAGAUGAUAAUGUGAUGUCAGAUAUUAAUCAGGAGCCUCCUUCAGGUACAACCAAAAAGGUGCGAGGGAAGACAAGAGGAGUGAAUGCAGAUAAGGUGUUCUCCCAAUUGAAUUCUAAAAUACCUGUGACUCUGACUGAAGAAAAUGGCAGACCUACCUAA